UGAAUUUUUUCACAACAAGCUCUUUAGUUCCUAUUUGAAAAAGCAAGAGCAGCGUGUUAAAGUUCAGACUACAAACAACUUUUCAAAACUAUGACAUGGGUGUUCCACAAGGAUCCAUCUUGGGACCAUUGCCAUUAUGUUAUACAUUAGUGACUCACCACAAAACUGCAACAAUGUUCAGAGUCAAAUGCAUGCAGAUUAUGAUGAUACCUGCAAAGACUGUACAGUAAGUAGACCACAUAGGUACUGAGUUUGCCAUUGUGUUACCUGGCAACGCCUGAUAAACAGUGAGAACGCACCAAACAUACCACAAGGGAAUUUAGAGUGACCAAUUGACCAAACAUGUUUGAAGUAUCCAGAGACAACUCAGGCUUGAAAAGAUCAAUAAUAAUAAUAAUAAUAAUAAUAAUAAACACUAUUACAAUAGGUCUUCCCAGCACUUUUGCUGCUCGGGCCUAAUAAUAAUAAAGACAACAAUAAUAAUAUAUUAUCUAUUCAUUAUGUAACACACUUAUCCUUGUGGGGACAUGAGGGAUCUACAUAUGAGUUCACCAGGUCGUCACAGGCAACAGAGACAGUCAGGACAAACAACCAUGCACACACAUCUAAGGAAAAUUUAGAGAGACCAAUCAACCUGACAGUCAUGUUUCUGGACUGUGGGGGGAAGCCGGAGUACCUGGAGAGAACCUACGCAUGCACAGGGAGAACAUGUAGACUCCAUGCAGAAAGAACCUGCCCGGGCAGGGAUUUGAACCCAAAACCUUCUUGCUACAAAGGCAAGAGUACUACCAACUACGCCACUGCGCAGUAAUGUAAUAUAAUAUAAUAUAAAUUAUAUUUUAUAUUAUUUUAUUUGCACAGUCUAAUUUGUUUGGUUCUGUCACUCAAAUCUCAAACUGAUUUACAUUUUUUAAGCCUGAAGGCCUUAAGAACGGUGUAAUAGCCCUUUAUUUGAAAGGGCUUCAGAAGAACCGAUUCUGAAGCUAGAAUUCAGACGCUAACUUCAGCGUGAUUUUCACACUGUAAAGUUUUUAGCGCGUCAAAGACUGCAGCUGAUAAGUGGAUAAGACGCAGUUUCCGUUUGCUUCAGCUUCUGGCAUAUCCAUGUCUCACCAUGGCCGAAAAUAACUGCGCAGCUUGUUUGUAACUCUCCGGCUGUUAUUAUGUUGUCCAACAGAAACAGCUGACUCACUGACAGAGAGCCAGGCUGAGGCGGUUCCACGCCGCGACAUGGCGGUGUCCGACCCAGACGUUCCUGCUGCUGCCUCAAGGUGAAAGUCGACGGUGGGAUCCUCCAUGGGCUGAGCCGUCACCGACUGAAGAUGAUUGGCUCACCGGACCUGCUGCCCUUCACCGGCAGCGGGGGGUUUGAGGAGGAAGGAGAGGAGCCGGAGGUUCACACUCUGCCUGAGGAGUUCUCUGUCCGCCUUUUGCCGCCUCACAACCCCUGGAGAACAGCAGCCCAGUUUCACCGGGACUUUAUACUGGUGGCUGAAUUCUCAGAGCAGGUUGGUCCAAAGCCUGUCUUAACAAUACCAAAUGAUUCGAAGGUCAUCGGCUCGUUUGACCUCAACCACUUCUCCGUCCGCAUUAUGUCUGUGGACUACCAGGCGUCCGGCCCGGGUCACACAGCCCCUGCUCUGCCUGGACCCCGCCUCAGUUUCAGCGAGGACUCCAAGGUAAUCCUGGGAGACUCCGCAGACGACUCGUUUGCGUACGUUCAUCACCUGACCCUGUACGACCUGGAGGCUCGGGGGAUGGUGCGGCCUUUCUGCAUGGCCUACGUCUGUUCGGACCGGACCAAGCUGAUGGAGAACUUCUCUGAGCUGUCCGAGUGUUUUUCUCAGGCCUCUGACAGUUUGAAGACGGGAAACAGGCAAGCGUUCUCCUCUGAACUGCAGAGAAAGUUGCAGGAGCUCGAGUACAGACGGAGGGCCCUGCUGCAGGACACACACGCCUCCACAGGAGCAGGAGGCAGAGCUGAUGAGCUGGAAGCUUUAGAGCAUCUGAUCCUGAACCACAGAGAGCUCCUUCGCCAGGUCACAUCCUACCCAAACAGGAAGCUCCAGCAGCCUGACUUCCUGCCCUACGACACGGCUGACCUGCCGCCUGAGCCGUCCUCUCCCUGCCUUCCCUCCUCUGCCUCCUGCAUGUCUGAGUCGCUUCUGAAGCCACUGGAGGAGCUCUGCAACUUCUACUUCCUGUCCCUGGUGAAAAACCAGCUGUCAGACACAGAGCGGCGUCUGCGUGGCGACAGGAGCGUCCUGCGAACUGCUCGCGUCUCACAGCUACUGUCCAGGAAGGUGAAACUUACAAACUUCCUGUUUGAGCUGUGCUGCCCUGUGGAUGCUGAGGAGGAAGAGGAGGAGGAUGAAGCAGAGCGGGUCUUGGGGAGCACCGUGGGAGCUGUGGGAGGUCAAUCAGAAAAGCAUGGUGGGGAGUUGUUCUCCUGUGUGGAAGAAAUACAGAUAAAGAUGGAAGGAGGGGGAGGCGGGAGAGCGACCCCUGACCCCAGCGCGUUCACAGACGUGAUGGGCAGCGUGAGCAGCAGCGACAGCAUCGAGGUUCUCGGGACGGAGAAGUCGUACCGGAGUCAACGCGGGGCCGUUGUGUCCGACAGCAGAGAAACCCGUGUCGGGACGACAGACGUGAUUCUCCAGCAUGCAGCAGGAGACGCAGGCCUUCGGCGCCUGCGGGCCCCUGCCAGGCGUGCCAACAGCGAGGACAGCAUCGAGGUUCUCAGCACGACUGAGUCCAUCGUCCCUGACGACCUGUCCGCCAUCACAGAGGAAGAGGCGGAGCAUCACACUCUGACCAAUGGAUUUGAGGAAGAGGAAGAGUCAGAGGCUGACUGUAAGCCUGACGAAGUCCUCAAGGAGGAGAGGAUGAAGAACACUGCUACUGCAGGGGACGAAAGUGGAGAAUCUGCUGGAAGAAAAGAACUUUUGGAGGAAAUAAUGUUCAAUGUACCAGACAAAGACAAUUCACUCACAGAGAAGAGUAAUGAAGUCCAUAAAGACAAAAUGAAUAAACUGGUCCAAGCUGGAGAUGCAGUGGAGUCGAGGCAGAAGAAGUCGAGGCCGGUGUUAGACCUCCAUGUAAAAAUGGCUCCGAAAAGCGUCGGGGCGGAGGGAGCUCUGCGCACGCCGCCCUGCGCUCCUCUGAGGCUGCUCAGCGUGGACGAAUUCUCCGACUGCACCAGCUUCACCAGCAGCUCAGAGCCACCGUCUCCCACCACAGUCAACCUCACCAGCACAUGUGUGGACAAGAAAAGGAGGAGGAGGAGGGCUGGCCUGCGAGCCCUACGGUUCAUCAAGCAGCUCUCCUUCUCCCAGCAUGCCAUCUUCUGUCUGCUGAUUGGCCGGCCGCUGGUCGUCAUCGGUGGAGACGAGCAGCUGGUGAGGAAGCUGGUGGACGGCUUGAGGCUCUUCCUGCCAGCUCCUGGUGCUGACGGGAGCGCCGUGAUGUCAUGUUUGGCCACGCCCCUCCAGCUGACUGACCUGCUCACCUGGAGGCUCAUAGGAAUACACAGAUCAUCUUCCAGUGCAUCAUCUUCCAUCCUUCAGUCUCUGACUCAGUUGAGUCGUUACAUCGCUCUGCUGGACCUGGAUCAGAAGACGCUGCGCUGUCCUUCAUAUGCCGGAUCCCUGGUCGGCUUCCUAGCCAACCCUCACACCGGCAUCGGCCGCGGCCUCACCUACCUGCUGCACCUGGAGAGCUGCCUGACUGCGCUGGCCAACCGGGUGCUGCUGCAGACCUUCACCGCUGCUUCCCAGCUUCACAGAGCCAUCGCCGAGGAAAAGGACUUCCAGCAAGCACCACAACUCUGCAGCAGUGAAAAUGAUUUUCGAGUGAUGCACUUUCUGACUGACCUGAUCACGCAGCGCCACACCAGACAUGGACCGCCGCCUUUCAGGUUUUCCUACAGCUCUGUGCAGCUUCACAGGAACACAUAUCCAACAUAAACAGACUGAGGAGUGGAGCAAGAUGCUUUUAUUUUGCUACGUGCCCUCCAUACAGUGCCUUAGGUGUAAUUAGCAGUUGCUGUAUGUGCACAAAGGAUUGUUCAAAUGAAUAUAAAUAUGUGCACAUUUAAGACUCAAACGAAUGUGAAUGUUAACUCUCUACAGCCAUCAGCUUGACCUGGAGGUGGACAUGAAAGAGCUGGUGCAGACCUCCACCCUGAACAGGUCACCAGUCCAUCCAAAUUAAAUUAUACCUUCAUCAUAAAUUCAUACACAUCAAUAAAUAAGCCAAAGCAAACAAAACCUGUACACCGGAUGGUUUCAGUUAGUCUGGUACUGUGACUUUUGCUAGUUUUUUCCUUUUUUUCAGAACAAAAACCUUUUUGUCAUUUUGAUUAUUUAAGCUAGUCAAACUAUGCAACCCUAAGUAUAAAUGUCAUGAUUAUAGACAAUGUAAAACAAAGCAAAUCAGAGAAAUCAAAAUCUGCAAUAUUUCUUUUCAAGAUUUAUUUAAUCAAAUCCAAAGCAUAUGAAACCCUAAAAUUGAGGGUUUAUUUUUGUUAAGUUUUUUAACACCGACUGUCAGCAACUUGCAUCCGCAUAAGUGUUGAGCUUCCUAACUUUAAUGCAUAAAAUAAACUUUUUCAACAAUAAUGACUGAAAGUUUUCCAUUUUGAAGAAUUUGCCAAAUUUUGACUGCAAAAGUUUUAACCUAUUAAUAUAUGAACAUUACUUUGGCUUUAAAAAUCAAACAGCAGCUAAAGAGUGCAAAAUUGCUGGAAUAUGUUUUAUUUAUACAUGUAAUAAAUGUGAUAUAUUCUAUUGUUUAUGAUUACUUUGAAAAUAAAGUCAGAGAAAAGA